GCCAAGUAGAUGUGGGAGUUUCUGUGUCUGGCUGGAAGCUCGAUGGAGUCUAGGUGGGCUGUAGGAGGAGGCGCUCGCCAGGCCAGCAAGAGACCUGGAUCUAGUAGGAUCCCAUGCAGGAACUUUGCCCGUGGAGCCUGCAGAUGGGGUCAGAACUGCCGAUUCUCCCAUGAUAGGAAAUCUACCCAGAUCUGCAGGUAUUUCCAGAAUGGAUUCUGUGGCUAUGGAGACCGUUGCAGCUACCAGCAUAUUUCAGAAGCCCCAGCCUUGAGCAGGUGUCGUAUAGAGUCUGCCCACCACGGGCUGGAAGGAAGUGGAUUGUCGCUGAACCGCCGGGGGUCAGAGCCAGCCAUCUUGCCAGAGGCUUCAGUCAGGAGCUGGGGAGGGUCUCGGCGUGAGUCUGAGCCAGCGGUCUUGAGCAUGGGGCAGCUGCAAACAAACUUUGAAAGCAUGAGCAUGUCAUUUGACGAGGAAGAUGAAGACAAGGAAAAAGCCUUCACUCCUUGGCAUCCACCAAACUGGGCUCUCAGCAAAGAAUUUGUCCCUAGGGAGACCACUGCAGAUUCUAGUUCCCAGGAACAGAAAAUUGAUACCACAUCCCUGAAGUCAGAAAGUGAAUCUACCAAGGAGACUGCUUCUGCUUCUCUUCUCUCAGAAGAGUCAAAGGCAACUGGUAGUUUGCAAGCAGCAACAGAAGCUGCAGUGGCACAGAGCAAGGAUGUGGUAUGUGGCAUCUGCAUGGACAAAAUCUCUCAGAAACCCUUGCCCGAGGAACGUCUGUUUGGCAUUCUUCCCAACUGUACCCAUGCCUAUUGUGUGGGCUGCAUCCGGAAGUGGCGGAAAAGCCGAGACUUUCACAGUACGGUGAUAAAAGGUUGCCCAGAGUGCAGAGUCACUUCAACUUACUUUAUUCCCAACAAAUACUGGGUUUUUGAUACAGAAGAGAAGGAAAAACUGAUUGAGACUUUCAAGGCACGGACUAGCAAAAUACGAUGCAAAUUCUUUGUCCGAAGCAAUGGUCACUGCCCCUUUAAAUCAGAAUGUAUCUAUCUACAUGAACUUCCUGGUGCACAGCUUCCCUCUGCAAGGCUGCGACAGAGACCUGAAAGGCGGAAGCGGCGACCCUUUGUCUAUAAUCCAUCUCCAUCUGAGAGCUCUGAAGAGGAUGACGACGAUAUGUGCCUUGUCCAAUGGGCUCUUACCUUUGCGCUGUUGCACAGAGAUACAGACUUUGACUUUUCAGACUUUCUCUGGGAUUCAAGUGAUUCUUCUGACUAGAUGAUGAUAUCUUCUUCAGAGGCCAUGUGUAGCUGGCUCCAGGAACAGUGUUAAUGAAAUGUAAAGUGUUGCCUUGGAGGAUGGGUGUGGGAUGAAAGAUGUCUUUAUUGUAAUAAGCUUAAUGGUUUUUAGUUUUACGUCAGAUGUAUUACAGUAUUUUGACUGGAACUCAUAAGCUGGGAGAACAUAAUGCAAGGACUUGUUCUGUAUUGGGGAAGCCCCUCUAAUCCACCAGGCAAGAUUUUGCUAUCACCACUGUCAGCACAUGAUGUACAUCUCACCAAUUGCACUGCUGUUGCCCUGUCCCUUCCUUGCCUUAAUUGUUGCAUUUUCUGCAUUCCCUCCCACCCUUACAGCUGAUCACAUAUUGGAUUUCCCAAUAUGGCAUCUAUAAUAACCUCUCAACAGUGUUUUUUGGGAGGAUGCUGGGAUCUUCCGAUUUUGCGUGUAUUCUGAAGAGGUUGAGUGAUCACCUGUGUUCAUGCUGCUGCUUAUUUGUUUCCUCAGGAAAGCUGGUUUGCUGAGCAGUGCUAUUUACAGUAGGCAGCACCUGCAACUCGCUAUUGUAUAGCAGUGCUGCUGGGUGUCUAUAGUAGGCCUAAUUUGGGGAGGGGUAUGGGGGGAAGUAUAAGUCUUGAAUUUUUAGUAUUGGUGCAGUGAUCAAUUAGCAGCGGAGGCUUAGAACAUUGUAGUUUAAAUCCUUAUGAUAAGGGAUCAGUAAGCCCCCAUACAUAUUUUUUAAUUCCAGAAAUACCUGGAGAACAUGAAAUAAAAAGAUAACCAUGCAAAUGUUGUUGUUCUUA